UAAGGGUAUUUUGGUCCAAACUCAUUAUUUCAUUAUUUUUGUAGAGAUAGCUAUAAACGAUGUGGUUAUGAGGUAUAAUUUUCGGAAAAGAAUGUCCAUUCUUCUCUCUUCCCUCAACAGUUCGGUGUUCGCAUUUGCUGCUACCAUCAAAUCUAGGAAUCGCUCUGAUUUACCUCGCUGGAACUACUCGGUAUCUUAAAAAAUGAGAAGGGAGCAAUCUCAGUCUCUUUGUGUAACAGAUGUUGAGCCCGAUAUAUUAAGUGGCUUACCGGGUCUUAUAAUAGACCAGAUUCUCUCGCAUUUGCCAAUUAAGGAAGCAGUGAGAACAAGUAUUCUAUCUACCAAAUGGAGGUACAAAUGGGCCACGCUUCCGAAUCUUGUGUUCGAUAGUCAAUGUUUGUCUGAAGGUUCAGAUGACCUUUUAGUUAUCAAGAACAAGCUUUCAAGAAUUAUUGAUCAUGUACUUUUACUCCAUUCUGGGCCAAUCAAAAAGUUCAAGCUAUCGCAUCGCGAGCUCGUUGGUGUGACUGAUAUCGAUAGGUGGGCUCUUCACUUAGCUAGAAGGCCUGUUAACGAGUUUGUGCUGGAAAUCUGGAAAGGGCAACGUUAUAAGAUACCUUCGUGUUUAUUUUCUUGUCAAGGUUUACAUCAUUUAGAAUUAUUUAACUGUUGGAUUAAACCGCCAUCAACAUUUAAAGGCUUUAGGAACUUGAAGAGUCUUGAUCUGCAACAUGUUACAUUGGCUCAAGAUGCUUUUGAAAACUUGAUAUCCAGUUGCCCUUUGCUUGAACGAUUGACGCUAAUGAACUUCGAUGGUUUUAACAAUCUUAAUAUUCAUGCCCCAAAUCUUCAGUUUUUUGACAUUGGGGGUAAAUUUGAGGAUAUUAGCUUUGAGAAGACUUCUCAAUUAUCUGUGGUAUCCAUUGGUCUGUAUGUGAACUUCGAAAGCAAUCAAAGUAGAUUGCAUGGACGCUCUAGCAAUUUAGUCGAAUUUUUAAUCCAUUUACCUCAUAUUCAGAGGCUGGAGAUUCAAAGCUAUUUUUUGAAGUAUUUGGCUCUGGGGGUUGUUCCAGUAAAGCUUCCCGCCCCUUGCACUCAUCUAAGUUUUCUUUCCUUACGCAUAAACUUCAAUGAUUCAAAGGAAAUUUCAGCUGCUCUUUGCUUGUUGAGAAGCUCACCUAAUCUACGAGAACUAGAAAUAUUGGCACGGCCUGAGGAGCAGUCUGUUGCACAUUUUUGGGAAGAUGUCUAUUUGGAUUGGCCAGUCAUGCGAGUGCAACAUGUGAGAAUAGAUGGCAUCUGUGGCAUCAAACCUGAAUUAGACUUCAUCAGCUUUCUACUUUCAUAUUCUCCCGUGCUAGAAAGGAUGGCUGUGAAACCUGCUUUAAACGUCGGACCAGAGUUGGUGAAAGAACUAUUGCGAUUCAGGAGAGCCUCGGGACGAGCUGAAGUUAUUUAUCUGGACUCUGUAUGAUGGUUUUUUUAUUCCUCAGAAAAUUCUCCUGUAUAUGUGGGGAUUAUCCCCCUCAUUAUGUAACUUUGCAUUUGAUUAUUGCGUGUUUUCUUCCUCUCUCA